UUGACAGCAGUCAUUUUGGCCAAAUUUUGGCGUAAACGUCUGGGGCAGCCAAAAAUAACAUUUUAAAAUAAGCCUUUUUAAAGGUUUUUGCUAAAAUAAAAUGUCUCUUAUCACUAGAAAUCUAUUUCGUACGGUAGUGCAGGGUUCCCAACAUGUCGGUAAAGGGUUACAUACAACCGCGGUAAACACCGACAAAAACGUAUGUUUCGCGCCAUUAUCAAUCAGCACCCUGCAAACGAGUAAGGAGGGUCGCAUCAAGUGCACCCUGAUCCCCGGAGAUGGAGUUGGCCCCGAGCUUGUGUACUCCGUACAGGAGGUGUUCAAGGCAGCAAGCAUCCCCGUGGAUUUCGAGUCAUUCUUCUUCUCGGAGGUGAACCCCACCCUCAGCGCGCCCAUUGAGGACGUCGUCGGCUCCAUCGCCAGGAACAAGAUCUGCAUCAAGGGCAUUCUAGCCACUCCCGACUUCUCCCACACCGGUGAGCUGCAGACCCUCAACAUGAAGCUCCGUAACGCCCUCGACUUGUACGCCAACGUCGUCCACGUGAAGUCCCUGCCCAACGUGAAAUGCCGUCAUCAUGACGUGGACUGCAUCAUCAUCAGAGAGCAGACGGAGGGAGAGUACUCCGCGUUGGAGCACGAGUCUGUGCCUGGCGUAGUGGAAUGCCUGAAGAUCAUCACAGCGGUCAAAUCUGAGCGUAUUGCUAAGUUCGCGUUCGACUAUGCGGUGAAGAUGGGCCGUAAGAAGGUGACGGCUGUUCACAAGGCCAACAUCAUGAAACUGGGAGACGGCCUGUUCUUGAGGAGCUGCGAGGAGAUCGCGAAGCUGUACCCGCGCAUCGAGUUCGAGAAGAUGAUAGUGGACAACUGCACGAUGCAGAUGGUCUCCAACCCCAACCAGUUCGACGUGAUGGUCACGCCCAACCUGUACGGCAACAUCGUGGACAACCUCGCCAGCGGGCUGGUGGGCGGCGCCGGGGUCGUCGCCGGCGCCUCCUACAGCGCCGAGUGCGCGGUCUUCGAGCAGGGCGCCCGCCACAUAUUCUCCGGCGCGGUGGGCAAGAACAUCGCGAACCCGACAGCGAUGCUGCUGUGUUCGGCGAACCUGCUGUCUCACGUCAACCUGCACUCCUACGCCGACAAGAUCAAAGCCGCUAUCAACAAGGUGCUAAAAGACGGCAAGGUGAGGACGAAGGACCUCGGCGGCCAGUCCACCACCAAGGACUUCACCAACGCGGUCAUACACUGCCUCACAUAAACACACACACAUGUAACGUUUCACAUCCCUAUAGAUAAUAUACUAGAGUCU